UAUAGUAGUAUAUGACCUACUCACUGACAAAUUACACUUGAAGAUCACAAGAGAUACAGCAGAGAAAAGCAAAGACUACUAGCAGUUUUUACUCUAAGUUACUGCGAUAAGAAAAGUUAUGGAAGAUAAAAUGACAGACAAAAUGACAAAAGAAAUGAAAAAAAUAAAAGAUGAAUGAGAAAAAAGAGAUAAAAUACCUGACUAUGUCAAACAAAUGCAAGAAGUGGAGGACAAAAUGGGUUGUGAGUGUAAAAAAAUAAUAGCAGAAAUGGAAAAUUUACUCAAGGCAAAUAUAAAAAAGGAUAAAGAAGACAAAUUUAUAAAAUUAAAAAAAGAACUACAUGAGGCAAAAAAGUUAAAAAAAGAUGCUCAUGAAAAACAACAACAUUUAUCAUCAACAAUGAAAGAUUCAGAAAAGGUAAAAGCUGAUAUAGAAAAAAUACAAAAAGAAGCAAAGGAUUUUAAAAUAAAAAGGAGACAACAAUGGGAUGAAUAUUACAUGAAUAUAGCAUGUUUAGCUGCUCUAAGAAGUAAAGACCCAAGCACACCAGUUGGUUCUUGUAUUGCUGACACUAAAUCUUAUCAAAUAGUUGGGAUUGGAUAUAGUUCAAUGCCUUAUGUCAAAGGAGGUCAUAAUGACAAAAUUUUCCCUUGGAAAGGGCAAUCAGCAAACACAACGCUUUACUUUAAAAGAGAGAUAAGCACAGAGAUGGCACUUGAUGAUACUAAUAAAACAAAGAUGGAACUUGACAUUAAAACAGUGACAGCACCAGACAUUAAAACAGAGACGGAGCCUAAAAAUAGAACAGAGACUGUACCUGACAUUGAAACAGAAGAUAAACCAGGCAUUGAAACAGAGAUGGUACCUGACACUGAAACAGAGACAGAACCUGAAAUUGAAACAGAGGUGGUACCUGACAUUAAAAAAGACAAAAAUCUUAAAUAUCCUUUUGUUGUUCAUGCAGCAGUUAAUGCUAUUACAAAUAGGACCAGGGAUAAACUUGAUGAUUGUACAAUAUACACUACACUUUAUCCUGAUGAAGGCUGUGCUCGUGCAAUACAAGUAGCUGGAAUAAAAGAAGUUGUUUACUGUAUGUACACAAGAAAACCAGACAGAAAAUCGGAAUCAGAUAUGAAGAGGUCGGAGAAUUUUUUUAUAGCUAAUAAAAUUGAAAUAAGAGAACUAAAAACAUCAAAUGAAACUGAACCAGAAAAAAAAAUUAAAGAAAGAAUAGAACAAGCAAAAAUGUUACAUGAAGGACCAGCAGAGAAAUUACCUAAUGAGGCAUACACAAAAGCAAUAACAUGGGAAGAGUUCUUCAUGGGAAUAGCAAUACUGUCAACAAAAAAACCAGGACAAUAUGAUAGAAAAGCAGAAUUAGCAGUAGGAGCAUGCAUUGUGUCACCGUGCAAACAAGUAAUGGCAGUUGGAUACAGUGGAUACCCUGAAGAUAUGGAACUUGGGGAGAUUGAGCAAAAAGAUCAUAAAGAAUACCUUAAUCAUGCUGAAUACAAAGCAAUAAUAGGAGGACCAUUAGUUAGAGGGUGCACACUAUAUGUCACUUCAUAUCCAUGUGAUACUUGUGCUAGACUUAUAGUGCAAUCUGGUAUCACUGAAGUAGUGUAUGAUAAAGAUAAAGGAUACCCAAAUUCUAAAGAAAUACUAAGACAAUGUCUAGAAGUGAAAAGCAAUAUAAGGAAAUGCAAUCCAGAAAGUAAAAAUUUCACAGACAGUUUAUACAAGUAAUCAUAACAGAA